CUGGGGGCCGGCCGUCAUUACGCUACGGAACAGGCCGUAACUAUCAGCGGCUCUCAGGACCGUUUUUCCCGCAACUUGUUUUCGGCUCUUACAUCUAUCCUUUCCCCCCUCCCCUUCCCCUCCUCUUUCCUUUUCUAGGUCGCAGGGAUGCCGCGUGUCUAUAUUGGCCGCUUAAGUUACCAUGUGCGGGAAAAGGACAUCCAGCGUUUCUUCAGCGGCUACGGGCGCUUGCUGGAGGUCGACUUAAAAAACGGCUACGGCUUUGUGGAAUUCGAGGAUUCCCGGGACGCCGAGGAUGCCGUUUACGAGCUGAACGGCAAGGAUCUCUGCGGGGAGCGGGUGAUCGUCGAGCACGCCCGCGGCCCCCGACGCGACCGGGAUGGCUACAGCUACAGCAGCCGCAGUGGUGGAGGAUAUAGCAGUCGGAGAGCAUCAGGAAGAGAUAAAUAUGGGCCACCUGUUCGUACAGAAUACAGAUUAAUUGUUGAAAACCUUUCCAGUCAUUGUAGUUGGCAAGAUUUGAAAGAUUUCAUGAGGCAAGCAGGUGAGGUAACCUAUGCAGAUGCCCAUAAAGAGCGAACAAAUGAGGGAGUAAUAGAAUUCCGUUCUUACUCUGACAUGAAGCGUGCUUUGGAUAAAUUGGAUGGUACAGAGAUAAAUGGACGAAAAAUCAGGCUAGUUGAAGAUAAGCCUCGAUCGAGCCAUAGACGAUCUUACUCCGGCAGUAGAUCAAGAUCCCGUUCUAGAAGACGAUCACGCAGUCGAAGUCGUCGCAGCAGCCGGAGUAGAUCCCGUAGUGCCUCAAAAAGCCGGUCACGCUCUAAAUCUAGGUCUCGGAGUAAAGACCGAUCACGUUCCAGAUCAAAAAGUCGAAAAUCUAGAUCAAAGAGCAAGUCAAAAGUGAAAUCUAGCAGAGGUUCACGAUCAGGCAGCAGAUCCAAAGAAAAGUCUCGGAGCAGAUCCAGGUCUGUGUCUCGUUCACCUAAAGAAAAUGGAAAAGGAGAAACAAAGUCUAAAUCAAGAUCACAAAGCAGAUCUCAUUCCCGUUCUCCAAUGCAGCAUCAACCUGCAAAGGCUCAUUCUGAGUCUCCAUCCAAAAGAGAUGUGUCACGAUCUCAUUCAAAGUCACGUUCAAAAUCCCGUUCACGGUCAAGAUCCAGUUCACAAGAUUAAGAUUGGAGCUAUUAUGCGAUUAUGGAACAUUGUAUGGUCAGCCAGAAGUCUUUUUUUAAUAUUAGUAUUUGGUUACCUGUUUGAUUUCAGAAAGGAAUGGUCUUGUUCACUAAGUAAACAAGAUAAAACAUUUGAAGUACUUAAAACUUUCUGAGAUGUGUACAGGAAUAUCAGUAAAAAAAGAUUUUUUUUCUUUUGGGGAUAGAAAUUAAGACAGGCUUUUUUUUAUUGGAGCCACAGCUGGAAUAAUACGCUGGGGAGUGGAAAAUGGGUUUUAUAUACAAUGUUGAGUGUGAAGAUUUUGGAAAUGGUAAUAUUCCCUAAAUAUUUCCAUUAUUUUAAAAUUAAUGAAGGUUAGUUUUAUGAAUUAUGGCUUUCUUCUAAAAGCAUAGAAGAGCUGUAUUAAACAAAUCAAAGAUGCCUAUAAAGCUAAUCCUGGAGUAUAAAUUGGAAUAUUUCAUUGUGCUGUACCAUAAGUUACUAAAAGUAACCCAUUUUUCGUUGUGUUAUGGCAAUCUCACUUAAUAAAAACGGCUAUCUCUAAAUAUGCAUGGUAUAGUUUUGCCUAACACCAUAAAACCAAUAAGUGUUUAACUCAUUUGAUAAGAAUUCCAGGUGCCAGAUAACAAUUCCCAAUUUCUUCAUUAAUUUUGCAGUUGCUUUUUUCUGAAAAACAAUAUUACUUGAUCUAAAUUUGAUAACAUUUUGGAACCCAAUGUUCUUGCAUGAAGUCUCCCACUGUACAAGCAGAAAUCCACUUGAGUAAUAUAUUCUUUUUCUUCUGCUAUAGUCUAUCACAUUCUUUUCUCAGAUUUUGAAGACAUGGAUGGCUACAGUAGAAGGAGUAAUUAUUUCCCUAUUUUCUACUACUAGAAGCAGCUUGAUUAGUGAAAAAUUCUAAACUGUUAGGAUUAGGGCUCCAGUUAAUCUAAAAUAAGUAUAUGUGAGGUGAAAUCCAAUCACCAAACUUACAUGUAAUCAAUAAGUUUAGUAAAACAAUACUAGUACAAUCUUAUAAUCUUUAUACAAUGUGUAGUUUGACUUGUAUGAAAUUAAAUCAGUGACUCAAA